UGAUGUUUUUCUUCCAUAAAUAGAUUCCAUCAGUAAUAAAAAAACCAAAACACACCGUAGUUAUUCUAACAACCAAUCAGCGAGCAGCAACAUGGUUUCCCUCCCAGCCAAUGGGAAGAGGCGGAGCUGUGACGUAGCGCUGUCAGCUGUUCUUGUUUUGCAUCAGUUCUUGUCUUCUUCUCCUCAGCAGGUCUGAAGGAUCCAGAUCUCUAUUAAUUAAAAGCCUCAGAGGAGCCGGAGCCUCUUCACCUGCAGCGGACCGAGCCGCCUCCUCUCCCCGGGCUCAGCCUCUCUCCGUCCGGGUACUUUUCUUCUAGAUUGGAGGUAAAUCUUCCGCCGACAUCGAGCGGAGAGGUUCAGCCGAUCCCAGGCCUCCGAUCCAGGGCGGAGGGACGGGAGGAGGUCGCUGGGGAUCGGUAUGGAGCCCGGAGAGGGAUCCGACGGGCCUGGCGGGCCGGACGGACCCGGGACCCGGUUCGGGUGCGCCUCCUUCAACCAAGACUCCACCUCGCUGGCUUUGGGAACAAAAACUGGCUACAAGCUGUUUUCUCUGACCACGGUGGAAAAACUGGACUGUAUCCAUGAGAGUGCAGAGACUCCAGAUGUCUACAUCGUGGAGCGUCUGUUCUCCAGCAGUCUGGUGGUGGUGGUGAGCUCCUCCAUGCCGCACCGCAUGAACAUCUACCACUUCAAGAAGGGGACGGAGAUCUGCAACUACAGCUACCCCAACAACAUCCUGGCUGUCAAGCUCAACAGACAGAGGCUUGUGGUGUGCCUUGAAGAAUCCAUUUAUAUCCACAACAUCAAAGACAUGAAGCUCCUGAAGACUCUGCUCAACACUCCCUCCAACCCCUCAGGUCUCUGUGCUCUUUCUAUAAACCAUUCCAACUCCUACCUGGCAUACCCCGGCAACGCCACCAUUGGAGUUAUCAUAGUGUAUGAUGCCAACAGUUUGGACACGGUGACCCAGAUCCAGGCUCAUGACAGUCCUCUGGCAGCUCUCGCCUUCAAUGCCUCGGCUACCAAACUUGCCAGUGCCUCAGAGAGGGGCACCGUCAUCCGAGUGUUCUCCGUUCCUGAAGGCCUUCGUCUGUUUGAAUUCCGUCGGGGCAUGAAGAGGUACGUCAAUAUCAGCUCUUUGUCCUUCAGCCCUGACGGCCAGUUCCUCUGUGCUUCCAGCAACACAGAGACAGUUCAUAUUUUUAAAUUAGAGCAACUAGGACCAAGUGGAGAGGACGAGGCGGCCACGUGGACCUCCUACGUAGGAAAGAUGUUCUCAGCAGCCAGCAGCUACCUCCCUGCUCAGGUAUCAGGCAUGAUGAGCCAAGACCGGGCCUUCGCCACUGUUCACCUCACCACCGGCCAGAGGAACGUCUGCAGCCUCGCCACGAUCCAGAAGCUUCCGCGCCUCCUGGUGGCCACAGCUGACGGCCAGCUCUUCAUCUACGACGUGGAUCCACUGGACGGAGGGGAGUGCACGUUAGCCCACAAACACAGGCUGUUUGGUAGCGAUGAUGACGAGGGUGAAGAAGGACUAUCAGAAGGGUCAGAGGUCACAGGGCCAGUGAAGGCGUGUCCAUCCUAUGCUGCUACAGCUGCCUUACCUCCCUCUGGCCCCGUCACUGCUACCCUCACUGGGUACUCUGAAGAUGGCGGGGCGAAGAAAGGCGAAGUCAUUCCAGAACACGAGUUUGCUGCUGGUCCUGUUUGUCUGGACGACGAGAAUGAGUUUCCUCCUAUUAAUUGGUGCCGAGACGGGACUGGAGGCGGCCAGGCCCGGCGUUCGUGAAUACGUAGAAGGACAGAUGGACAAAAAGACAGACAGGUGCUGGCGAGAAGGACGAACCGCAAAAAAAAAAGUCUUUCAGGGUGCCAAGUUAUUUUUAUUUUCUGUUCGAGAGAAAGUAAUAUUUAAUAACGCUAACAUUCAAGUUGAUAUGGGGAACAAACACUGACAAGAAGUAGACGUCAUGUAGACAUUUCAGAGAGAACCACAACCAGGGGCCGGAUUCACAAAAGUGUUCUUAAGAUAAAAAAAGAUGUUCCUUAGAAUGUUCUUAAAUGUUAUUCACCAUUUUUUUCUUAAGAAUUGUCGUAUGUCUGAGGAACUUCUUAGUUUUCUCACUUAGGACGUUCUCAGAUUUUUAACUUAAGAUCACUAGAUCAUUAAUUAAGUAGUAUUAAAUACAACAACUGCCUCUUUGAUUUACUAAGAGAACAUUGUAGUGUAAUCUAGGAACACAGACUGAAAGGACAUUUUAAUUAUAUGUCAACUGCCACAAUAAGAUUUCUGUGAUACAUUCACAAAAAAACUACUCUGACCAACAUCAGUGAACAAAACCUGUUAACACAAUGUCUAAACUAAAUAUUAAAGAAAUCAAAUGAAUGUCAAAUAACAAAUGUGUUCAAGUAAAUUCAUAUCAAGACGUUUCUUUUCUCUGUUGCUGUUUUCAGACUGCUGAGGGUUUCUCUUAAAGUUGAGAAGAAUUAUGAGAACUUUGUUUUCAAGAAAAAAACUUAAGAGGAAAGUUAAGAAAACAACUAAAGAAAAGAUCAGAAUUUCUUCAUGAAUACCAAAUCUUCUUAAAUUUUGUCUUAACCCAUAACAACCAAUGGCGACCCCCGUGUAACAAACACUUUAAAUCUUCUAGAAUCUCCCAUAUUCAGCUUUAUGCUUCACAUUAACUCAUUAAAUCCCUCAUUAAAACUUCUCCAACAUGUUUCUGUGACUGGAAACAGAAAUGUGAAAAAGUAGCUAAUUUCAAAAAGCUUAUUUUUUUAGUUUUUUUAAUUAGUUUAAACCCAUUUAACAAUUCUAAUCUAUUAAUAGAGUGUCCUUUAUUACAUUUAACUUGUUCUGACCAGAUUUCCUGAACAAAUUAAAGUCACAAUUUUGAUAUGUGUUAUGGAGAUACAAACAAAAAGGCAAAUGGAUGUUUGUUUUUAUUUAUUAUUGAUGUAUUAUUAUUUUGUUACUUAAAAAAAGUACAAAUCUGAAAAAUAAUUAGUUGUUAAACAGCACUAUUAAUGUCACAAUUUUGAUAAAUGUUGAGGAGAUGCAAAGAAAAAGGCAAAUUUGUGUCUCUAAGUAGAAAAUGUCUAUUUUUUUUAUUUUAAAAUAAGAAAUAUCAUAAAUACAAAUACCAUAAACGCUCAUUGUAUCAUAUAUGUGUCACAUCACAGAUCUUUUGACAUUUAGGAGUAGAAUUUUUUUGAAAAAACAUCAUAAAUGUGUUCUAUGUGGUAUUUCCUCCAUAAUGUUCCUUUAAGGAUUACUGGGUCUGGGUUCUUAUGGGUUAAGAGCAAAGUUAAGAGAAAAGUGGCACUUAAGAAGCAUUUUCUUCUUAACCCUUAAUAGGAAAUCCAAAUUUAAACCCUAGAGAAUAUUGGAGGAUAUUAUAUAGUGACAGAAUGUGUAAAAAAAACAUACGGACCCGGGGGAGGGGGUUAAUAUUUAGAGAGAAAAGUUUACCAGAUUAAAGUGGCAAAUCUACGAGAAAAAAAUGUGCAGAUUUAUGAGAUUGAAAGUGGUGAAUCUGCGAGAUAAAAGUUGCUUUUUUCCCCACUUUUUUCUCGUAAAUCUGCACCCCCCCGGGUUUGUUCUUUUAUUUUUAUUCAUACUUGGCCCUAAUAUGCCGUCAUAGUCAAGUUCUCGUGGUACAAGUCACUGAAGAAUAACUCUGUUUGAACGACUGUUUCUUGCUGAUUUUUUUUCAUGGAGGUCCAGGUGAAUAAAGUUAAUAUAAAUUAAAUAAAUUUGCCUUACAUCUGCAACUUUUUUCUUGUAGAUUUGCCACUUUGAUUUAGUAAAUUUGCAACUUUUUUCUCGAAAUAUUACCCCCCCCCCCCAAAAAAAAAAAAAAUUGAUGCAAAAAAGACACAAAAUGACAAAAAAUGUAUGUAAAAAUGACCAAAAAAGACACAAAAUGACAAAAAAUAUUUACUGUUGAACUAUUAAUAUGACUUUAUUAUUAUCAUAGUGAUUGGUCAGAUGUCAUGGUGUCACUGUCUAGGACGUAGCCUGAUCUUUGCUGAUUAUCUGGAAUAAAUCCAUGUGGCUCUACGACCAAACAGAGAGACAUGAUGACCAGUUAGUUACCACUGAAGUUACCAAAUAUAGUUCUUCAUCCCUUAAAUCAGGACUGUCAAACUCAAAUACACAGUGGGCCAAAAUGUAAAACUUGGACAAAGUCGCGGGCCAACAUUGAUAUUUAUUGAAAAAAUUGACGUAAACAAGUUCAAACGAAACGGAACAAGCAAAGCUUGAUAUAACUUAAUAUUGCAAACAUGCAAAAUCAAAUAUCAAAUAAAACAAACAAACACAUCAAUGGCAUUCAUUUCUUAAAUAAAAUUCAAAUAUAAAAUCGUAUGUCCCUUUAUUUUAUAUGCGGCCUUCUUUAAAUUUAACAGUAAUCUUUUUCCACAGGCUAAAAAUAAACGUAAGAAUAAAAUAACAAUAAUAAACCAAAUGACUAAUAAUAAUAUCCUUCAAUGAAUGUGCAGCCAUUCAAGCCUUGGACUAGCAAGAAAAAGUGCAUAAAGACAACUUUAAUUGUUGCUCAGUUUGCUCCACACUGAUCUACUGUGUUCAAGCCACAACACCAGCAGAGCAUUCUGGGAUUUGUAGUAUUAUUUGCGCUGUAUAAUACCGGCGGGCCAGCUCUGGUUGUCAUUUGGUAUUUCCUCGCGGGCCAAAUAUAAUUACACUGCGGGCCAAAUUUGGCCCGCGGGCCAGAGUUUGACUCCUCUGCCAUAAAGGGUUAAGGAUGCUUUGUGAAUCCGGCUCCUCAUGUUACAUAAUGAUGUUAAAGACUUCAGCAGCGAUCUCAACUCUGUUGACUUUCAAUCAACUAUCACCAUCAGAGGAAAGUGUUGAACUUUACAUGCUGUCGCCUACGGAAACUAAACUAAAACCUGUCUUUAUUGACUGUUUUACGACAGUGUGAGGUGCAUGCUGGAGCAGAAAUAUAACAACUUUUAAUAGCUUUUUUUACUUGACAAAUAUUUUUUUUAAGUUGCAAUAUUGUAGCAACAUUUAGUUUUCCUCUCAUUAAUAUUUCUUUCACCUCCGUGAUAAAGAACUGAAGAACUGUUCAUGUUUGUUCUGUGUUGUAUUUUACUGCAUUACAUGUAAUGGAUGUUUCUGUGUUUUUGCCUCCUGGACACAUGUCAGAAGGUGAUUAUGUACUGUAUGUUUGUUUGUUUGUGCCUAUUAUAUUUUGUGAAAAAGCAAAAGUAUUUUGCUAAUUGCACAAUACCAAAAUGAGUGAAAGAAACAGAAAUAAACACAUAGAGUGGAGUAAACAUGAACCUAUGCAAAGCAAAUACCUUGUCUUGGUUAAAUAUUGUUAUUUCCUGUUUCACUUGAUAAAGAAGCUUAUAUAUUAUAUGGAUGUUUAUGGUUUUAUGAGUUACAGGUCAAACAUUACACAACAUUUACAGCAACAGUUCACUGUGUGUAGCUCUGAGUACACAGGGAUUUUUUCAAUAUUCUCACAUUUGGGUAUUUAUUAUUGCUUAUAAAACUGUAUAAAGUUACGUACAGUUAUAAAUAACAUAUAAUAAAGUUAUUUUACUAUAAAGUUAUGAGACCAAA